AUGCGCAUCGCAGCGGCUGUUGUCUCGGUGCUUGCCCUUGCUGGCCCUGGUGCUGCCAGAAAUAGGCGCCGGGAUCUUGACCCUGACACCCCACCAUCCGCUGAUACCGCGACGGCGCCAAAGAAGUUCAUCCUUGAGCUCGACCAGAACGCCAAUAAGAAUGCGAUAGUCAAAAACCUUAAUGAGCGUCCUGGAAGCCGCGUCCUGAAGGUCUUCGACUCCGAGGUCUUCAAGGGCGUUGCUAUCGAGUCCGACAGCGAGAAUACUGACUCGCUCGAGGCUAUCGUGCCCGUCCGCAAGGCAUGGCAUUCGAAGCCCAUUCAACUCGUUCCUGUCAUCGCUGGAGACUCCUUUAGUGACGAUGCUCAGGCUCUCAACUACUCUAUUCAUUACAUGACGGGCGUGGACAGGCUUCACGAGCAAGGCCUUUUCGGUAAAGGCGUCAAGGUUGGUGUCGUCGACACCGGCACCGAAUACACUCAUCCCGCUCUUGGGGGAUGUCUUGGAACAGGAUGCAAGGUUGCAGGUGGUUACGACUUUGUCGGUGAUAAUAACAGUUGGCCAUACCCCGGAGAGGAGCAACAGCCCGACAACGAUCCGAUGGAUUACGGUGGACAUGGAACCCAUGUUGCGGGCAUCAUUGCCGGCAAAAGUGAUGAGUUCAUCGGCGUUGCCCCUGAAGCAUCAAUCUAUUCGUACAAAGUGUUUGGGCCUAAUGAAGGCACUGGCGAAGAGGUCUUGAUCGAAGCAUUUCUGAAGGCAUAUGAAGAUGGGAUGGACAUUAUCACAGCUAGUGUUGGUUCUAUCGGCGGCUGGAGCAACAAUGCCUGGGCACUUGUUGCCUCUCGCAUCGUGGAGCAAGGCGUUGUAGUGACCAUCGCAGCCGGCAACAGCGGCGAUGUUGGUCCAUUCUUUGCAAGUAGUGGUGGAUCGGCCGAGAAGGUUCUGACCGUCGCUUCUGUUGAAGCCUCGAUCGUUGCCGCCCGGCAAUUCGCGGGAACCUUUAAUCUUGACGGGCACUCGAACAGAACCAUCCUGGGAUACCGUCCCGCUGAGGACAAAUUCCCAUCGACGGUUGUGGACUGGCCAAUUAUCCCCAUCACUCUCAAUAUCACUGUUGAGGGCGACGCAUGCGAGCCACUGCCUGAAGACUUCCCCGACCUUUCCCAGACCGUUCCCUUGGUACGUGUUGGGGGUUGUGAGACGUGGCAGAAGCAGCGCUGGGUCCAGGAGCGCGGCGCAAAGCACAUUCUCUUUUACAUGGACGACACUCCUAUCGUUUCGUUCUCUGGAUUCGGAUGGGAGCAGAGCCAGUGGGGUCUUCUGUCGAAGGACGCUGGCGAAGCGAUCGUCAAGACUGUCAUCGCCGGCGGCAACGUGACUGCGGACUUCUCGAUUGACCAAGACAGCAACUACGUAGCUAUGGUCAAUGCUGGUGGCGGUCGCCCAUCUGACUUUACGUCUUGGGGCAGCACGUUCGACCUCGAGCUCAAGCCAGACAUCGCCGGACCAGGCGGAAGGAUUUUCGCACCGUUCGUCGGGCAUCGUUACCGUGACAUCAGCGGUACCAGCAUGGCAACCCCGUACAUUGCCGGCGUUGCGGCACUAUACAUUGGAAAGCAUGGUGGUCGUGCUAGACAUGGAGCUGCCUUUGCCCAGACUCUGCACGCUCGCAUCGCCAGCUCUGGCCGUUCCCUUCCCUGGUCCGACGGCUCGACCAAAGACUACGGGUUCUGGGCGCCGCCUAUUCAGGUAGGUACUGGCUUGGUCGAUGCUUUUGCAGUCGUAAACUAUAACACACAGCUCUCCUGGGAGAAGUUCUCGCUCAACGACACGCACCACUACUCCAGGUACCACCAGGUUGAUAUCACCAACAGUGGCGAAAAGGAGAUUGAAUACCAGUUCAAAGUCCAGGAUGCUGGCGGUUUCGAGUCGUACUGGACAAUUGACUCCGCAAGCGCCGAUACAUAUGCGGUACCCAGGAUCAAGGACUUUGUCGAGAUUGAGCCCUUUCAGAUCCGUCCCCAGGUUAGUCUACCGUCAGGAACGUUCCGCGUUGCACCAGGACAGACCAAGACUGCCAACUUGGGCUCUCAAGACUUCGUCAAACUGGUGCAUGCUCUUCAAUGGGGCACCCGAGAGCUGCGAUGGGAUAUGCUCGUCUCAAUUUUUGAAUCCUCGUACCGCGAGCGCCAGUGGAAGUAUCCCCCAGUUGUGGGCGAGAACAAUUACGUAGGGUCUGUGGCCAGCUUUGAUGUCUACAACAACCUCAACUACCCGGUCUUCGACCCGGCUUCCAACGACGAGAACAAUACGUUUUCAUAUCCCCUGCAAGAUGUGUCGCGUGACGCACCUUACGAGUCGUGGUGGCUCGGCAGGUUGGCCAACGGAUCAAUAAUCGCCCCGGGCAAGUACAAGAUGCGAUUUGCUGCGCUUGCGCCUUUCGGCAACCCCAAGGCUUCGGACAACUGGCACGUUUGGGACGCCCCUGAGAUUGAAGUGCUCUGA